AUGAUAUCAGUCCCAGGGUCUCGCGAGGGGGACAGGUUCGAGACCGCCCUGCGUGAGGUGGACGCCUCCGUCUGUCUGCCCUACUGGGACUCGACACUGGACGCAGAGCUGGAUGACCCGACCCUGUCGCCCCUGUGGACGUCAGAGUUCUUCGGUACGUCCCAGGGCCCGGUGGUGGAAGGACCCUUCGCCAACUGGGUCACACCAGAGGGCGUGCAGCUCAUGAGGAACGUGGGCUCGGACGGGGACCCGUUCACUUCCAGCGCUGUUGAGGAUAUCUUGUCGCGAGUCCGACACCAGGACAUCCUGACGUCAUCGGAAACUGAGCCCCGCUUUGACCUAGAGUUCCACCACGCCGCCGUGCAUGUGUUUUGCGGGGGCACCAUGGGACAAUUGGACACUGCGGCCUUUGACCCUAUCUUUUUCCUUCACCACUCCUUCGUGGACUACCUGUGGGAGUUAUUCAGGACCAACCUCCGCAGUCUCGGCGUCGACCCACAAGUCUACCCGGAUAUCGCCGAUAUGGACUCUCGCCACCACAGCACGGCGUCCACAGGAUUUGGCAACAUGACCCAGCUGGAUGGUUACAGCGACCUUAUCACGGAGACUUACGAGUAUGAGGCAGCCCCCAUUUGUACCUCUAGAUUCCCGGAGUGUGGAUCCAGGUGGAUCUCGCGUCGUCAAGGUAACCCCAAAACUUACAAGCGUUGCCGUGACGACGAGAGCGUGGGUCAAGUUUUCCUGUCCUCCAAGGGCAUUAACUAUGACGGUUACUACAAGGAAGCGGCCAUUGUGGACAACCGUCUGGCCGUCUCCAUCUCCAUGGGCUUCAUCAGCGUCAAGAAACCAACUAGGGGCAAAAUGGGCGUGACGAAGGCGCUGCUCCGUGCUCACGACUCGUGCGGCCGAGUCUGUCACGCUGCGUGCAAGGACCCUGUUUCCGGAGAGUACAAGGACUGUAGCGGUGCUGUGGCGAUAAGCAAUCAAGCUCCCAGGAUGUUCGGAGUCACCUACGACGACGCUGUGAUGAGCGUGUUCGAUUACGAGUUCAACAACGAUUGUCCGAGCUUCAAGACAGAGAACUUCUUCAUGACCUUCUACUGCGAUUACCACAACGAGUUUCCCUACGCCGAACAUUCGCACGGACCCGCACCAGCGCCCAUCAAGAAAGUUCCCCCGCCAAGACCUGUGCCGGUUGUUGUGCCCAGAUCUCAGACUGCAAAGAUCGAUCACAACGGCUGUACAGCUGCUAGGGUCAAGCGAUGUCAGGCUGUGAUCGGUAGGAUCCGCUAG